AUGCUUCAGACAGCCAUUGCCAUUCUGCUGGUCGUACUCUCUCGGAAAUGGGCGUACACUAAAACUAACGAAACUAUCGUCCUCGGUUACCUGACGGGAUCACAGCGACUACCCGGUGACAGGAGCUACAGGCGUCCAGGACUGGCCAUCUCGGGUGCGCUGACGCUAGCAGUCGACAAGGUGAACAUACAGUAUCCUCUCAUGGGUGGUCUCCGACUGGACGUGCUUAUAGCCGAGACCUUCGGCCGUGAGCGGCUCAGCGUACUACAGACGGCGCGCCUCUGGCGCCAGAACGUCUCGGCUUUCAUUGGGCCACAGGAGACAUGCGUCCACGAGGCGUUCCUGGCCGCUGCUCUCAAUCUGCCCAUGGUGUCAUACUUCUGCCUCGUCCGUGAUACUUCGGACAAGCAGCGGUUCCCGACUUUCGCCCGCACGCGUCCCCCCGAGACGCACAUCUCAAAGUCCGUGGUGGCUCUGCUCGCCCACUUCGAUUGGCGACAGGUGGCGCUGUUCUACGCCUCGCGGUUGGGUCACGUGGCCAAGAGCAUCAUGUCGACGCUGACAUCGCACGGAGUCCGGCUGCGCCACGUGAGCUCGUGGAACGAGACGUACCACUACGGCUACGGCCCGAGCCCGUUCGAGACGAUGCUCAAGGAUGUGGCGCCAAAGGCACGAGUGUUCAUUGUGCUGGGCCAGUACUUCGAGCACAUCGGCCUCAUGGCGAGCCUGGAAGCCCGCGGACUGCUGCAAGGCGGGGAGUACUUCGUGGUCGGCGUUGACGUCCAGCAGUACGACGUUGAGAGCCCCACCCGUUAUCUUACUGGUCUGUUUCGCGAGGAACCGGACCCCUCGGUGGUGAGGGCAUUUCGCUCCUACCUCGGCAUUGUGGGCAGCCCGGCUUCGGGUUUCGAGGCAUUUUCGGUGGCAGUCAACGAGUACAUGCAGAGGCCGCCGUUCAACAUCGUCAACGCCGCCGACCCCAUUGGAGGAAUGAAGAAGAUUCCUUCGGAGGCCGCCUACCUGUACGACGCCGUCAUGGUGUACGCGAAGGCCGUCAAUGCAUGCGUCGAGCACGGAGGCGACUUCCGGAACGGCAAGCACUUGCUCGAGCACAUGCGCGGACGGUCGUACCAGAGUGCGAUGGGCUACAUGGUUCGCAUGGACGACAAUGGCGACGCUGAGGGCAACUACACUCUCGUUGCGCGCAAGAAGUACGGCGGCCCCAGCGGGAACCUCUACGGUCUCUUUCCCGUGGGAGUAUUUGAACUCUCGGGCAACGGAUCAACUUUGCCCGAGCUGGACAGGCUGCUCUGGAAGUUGGACUUUGAUGAGAUCCACAUGCGAGGAGGUCCCACAGUGCAUCAGCAAGCUGCCAAGACAACGUCAUGCGCAAGCCAUGGCGACGGUCCUUCGGACAAAAGCAGUGAUGGCCUGAUGCCGGUGCCGACGUCAUCGCAAUUGUCGCUUUCGUUGCACCCCGAGUUCCGGUACUCGCAACUCUACGCUCCUGUGGGCGUCUACCGGGGCCGCCUCUGCGCCGUCAAAAAGAUCCACACGAAGUCACUCCCGCUCACGCGCUCACUCAAGCAGCAGCUCAAACUGCUCCGCGAACUUCGGCACGACAACCUCUGCACCUUUGUGGGCGUGUGCGUGGAGCCUCCGAAUGUGUGCGUCGUCACCGACUACUGCAGCAGGGGAAGCCUGCGCGACCUCCUGGACAACGAGGACAUACGCCUAGACAACAUGUUCGUCGCAUCGCUGGUUGACGACCUCGUACGGGGAAUGUUGUUCUUGCACGAGAGUCCAGUGCGCAGCCACGGCGAUUUGCGCUCUGCCAACUGCCUCGUCGACAGCCGCUGGGUCCUCAAGGUAGCCGACUUUGGAUUGGCCCAGAUCAGGCACAUCGCAGGCGAUGACGGUCAACACGGAAGCGGCCAAAGGCAGUCUAGAGAGCACAAGCUCUUGUGGCGUGCUCCUGAGCUGCUCCGCAACCGGGCCUCACCACCGGAAGGGACGCCACGCGGCGACGUUUACUCAUUCGGCGUUGUGCUCUUCGAGAUGCUCGCCAGGUCGGGGCCUUUCGGCAAAACAACACUCACAGCUAGCGAGAUAUUGGAGCGCGUCCGACGCCCUCUCGGCCACCACUUGGCGACGGACAGCGAGAAGCAGGAGUCGCUGCCCUUCAGGCCGCCGCUGUGUGAGCUGGCCGAGCCAUGGGACGUGGAGUACGUGCGCACCCUCUUGACCGAGUGCUGGGCCGAGGCGCCCGACCACCGACCGGAUUUCAAGGCGGUGCGCGCAAGGCUGAGGCACAUGCGUCGCGGACUGAAGCCAAGUAUUGUGGACAACAUGCUGUCCAUGAUGGAAACGUACGCUACCAAUCUGGAGGCCUUGGUUGACCAGCGUACAGACCAGCUGGCGCAGGAGAAGCGGCGCGCCGACGCCCUUCUCUAUGAGAUGUUGCCCAGGAAUGUGGCGGACCAACUGAAGCGGGGCAAAAAGGUAGAGGCGGAGAGCUUUGAUUCGGUCACCAUCUACUUCAGCGACAUCGUGGGCUUCACCCGACUGUCGGCACAGAGCACACCCAUGGAGGUGGUGGAGCUCCUGAACGACCUGUACACGUGCUUCGACGCGGUGAUCGAAAACUACGCGGUCUACAAGGUGGAGACAAUCGGGGACGCCUACAUGGUGGUCGGCGGGCUAGCGCGCCACCCGGACGUGGCACACGCCUCCCAGGUGGCGUCCAUGGCGCUUCAUUUGCUCAGGAGCGUUGGCAACUUCCGAAUCCGGCACAGGCCAGAAGAGAUGCUCAUGCUUCGCGCGGGAAUGCAUUCGGGUCCCGUCUGCGCCGGCGUCGUCGGCAGGAAGAUGCCUCGUUACUGCUUUUUUGGCGACACGGUCAACACUGCUUCCCGGAUGGAGUCCACGGGAAGUCCACUGAAGAUUCACUGCAGCGAAACCUGCAAGCAAUUGCUGGAGAAAGCAGGAGGUUACAUCCUGGAAGAGCGAGGGCUAGUCUACAUCAAGGGAAAAGGAGACAUGCGCACAUUCUGGCUCGAGGGACAAGCGUCCGGCAUCAGGUGUCGGUCAACAACUGGCUUCCAAAACGCUGAAAGCAUCUCAGGUUUAUACGACUAUCAGCCAACGGAGAGCAGCCGUUCGUGUCCUGACUUGGGUGCACCACCGUGGCAAGGCGUCGGCUGAAGCCUGGCGCA